GCGCGCAUGUGCGCUGAGACUACGCGGACCUCGCCGGGAUUCUCCGGAACUCAUUUUGUAUUUUAGACGUAGUAACCGGCGGGAUUAGAGAACAGUUCUACUUCCGGUGCCGCCGGAAGCAAUUUUGCGAUGGCAACUUCUGCGGACGAGCCUGGGAAAGCAGCUCGAAAAAGUGACUCUCAAAAGGCGAAGCAGAAGCGCGAGAACCAAGAUGAGGCGGAACUCCUCACUGUCCCUGAUGGUUGGAAGGAACCGGCUUUCUCCAAAGAGGACAAUCCCAGAGGGCUCUUGGAGGAAAGCAGCUUUGCGACCUUGUUCCCGAAAUACAGAGAGGCUUACCUGAAGGAGUGCUGGCCUCUGGUGCAGAAAGCCUUGAACGAGCAUCAUGUUAAAGCAACGCUGGACUUGAUCGAGGGUAGCAUGACUGUGUGUACGACCAAGAAGACUUUUGACCCGUACAUCAUUGUCAGGGCCAGAGACCUAAUAAAGCUCUUGGCGAGAAGUGUUUCCUUUGAACAGGCAGUACGGAUACUUCAGGAUGAUGUUGCCUGUGACAUCAUUAAAAUCGGUUCUCUGGUGAGAAAUAAAGAGAGAUUUGUGAAAAGAAGACAGCGCCUUAUCGGUCCCAAAGGAUCUACACUGAAGGCGUUGGAACUCCUAACAAACUGUUACGUCAUGGUGCAGGGGAAUACUGUUUCAGCCAUCGGGCCUUUCAGUGGCCUGAAGGAGGUUCGAAAAGUCGUCCUUGAUACCAUGAAGAACAUCCAUCCAAUUUAUAAUAUUAAAACCUUGAUGAUUAAACGGGAGUUGGCCAAAGAUUCUGAGUUACGAACCCAGAGUUGGGAAAGAUUUUUGCCACAGUUCAAGCACAAAAAUGUGAACAAACGCAGGGAACCGAAGAAGAAGAGUGUUAAGAAGGAAUACACGCCAUUCCCUCCUCCGCAGCCGGAGAGUCAGAUUGAUAAAGAGUUGGCUAGCGGCGAGUACUUUCUGAAGGCGAAACAGAAGAAGCGGCAGAAGAUGGAAGCAAUCAAGGCCAAGCAAGCAGAAGCUCUUACAAAGAGGCAGGAGGAAAGAAACAAGGCGUUCAUUCCACCUAAAGAAAAGCCGGCUGUGAAGCCAAAGGAAGCUCCUGCUGAAACUAAGAUUGAUGUGGCGGCUAUUAAGGAAAAGGUUAAGAAAGCAAAGGGCAAGAAACUGGGAGCUCUUACAGCAGAGGAAGUUAAGCUUAAGAUGGAGGCCGACGAAAAGAAACAGAAGAGAAAAAAGUAACACUGGAAAAAAGCCUGGAACUGAAUGAACUUUGAAAGGCGUUUCCUUUUGUAAAGGAUUUUGAGACGGCUUUCUCUGCCUUACCUGGCCGUGGUCAUGCUCAGGAAGUCAUAACCAGAGUGGUGUCUGUUCAUGGAUAGUCUUUGUAAAUACGUUCAUAUGUAUUCUGAAGUUUCUGCGAGAUGAUAACUACCCAUGUACUUUGUGCCCAAUCAGUCCAGACAUCAUUUUAGGAAUACCUCUUAUAUAGAUUUUUGGAACAAAAUUAUUGAUCAAAUCCAAUGUCUUUUGCUAUUGGUUAGUCUUUAUAAACAUACCCAAAGCGUUUGGUUUUGAGGAAAAUAAUUGCAAGAUUUCCACUGCUACUGGCAACUAUUUUGGCUUUCUGUAAUUUUAUCAAGGAUAAAACAACCCACAAACCGCCAAGACUCUAAAUCAAAUCUCUCACUUUUAACUCUGAGCCAGAAAAAUGUCUAUGGGUGUCUAAUCUGCAUGUGCCCACAGAGGCCGGGCCCUCCACAAGAGCAGCAGGUGUUUUUACCUCUGAGCCAAUAGGGCCAUGGGACUUAGAGUUACCAAAGAUGUAUUCUGCAAAUCUGAACCCCAGGGAAUUUGUUUCUUGCUGAAAGCCUACCUACCUGUGGCAACCUAGACAGUCCUUAUUCAUAAAGAAGAGUUUAACCUCUUUUUACAUUUAGGAAACUAAGUGGUUCUUCUAAGGCUUUAUUGAAACAUUUUUCUCAAAUGUUUUACAAUAGCCACUUAUAAGUUGCCUGCCAACGAUGACAUUAGUAGUCCAAAAGAACUAAAUUAGGGUAUUUGUGCUUUACCAAAAUGGUAAUUAUAACAGACAGUAAGAGAAGGACUGCCUUAACAAUGAGGAAGAGAGAUGUGUAUCUGUUCCGUAGAUAUAUGGGCCUUCCUGGGUAGUCGCCAGAGUAGUAACCUGUGAAACAGAGUGUGCUUUAGUUUCUCAUGUGCUGACCCAGUCCACAGUGCCCAGUCAAACAGUUUAAAGUUUGCAUACUUACGUGAGACACCGUCUCUUCGUGGGUUAACUGUAAAAGCAGAAUUAAAAGGUUAGGUUUUGAUUUACAUCUUUAUAACCAUGAACUUGAUAUGGCUUUAAUUACAGUGAUGGUGGUGGUUUGAAAGAGGGUGGCAUGCAUAUAAGGUGUGGCUUUGUUGGAGGAAGUGUGUCUCUGUGGGGGUGAUAUGGGAAGUCCUUCUAUUAUGUGUUGCUUUUAUUGGUUAAUAAGGAAGCCGCUUUGGCCGGUGAUAGGGCAGAGUAGGCUAGGAGGAAAAACUAAACUGAACACUUGGGGAAAGCAGGUGGAGUCAGUGAGAUGCCAUGUAGCUGCUGCAAAAGGAGAGACACCCGAGAGCCUCGUGAGUUAAGAUGUAAGGGCUAGCUAGGAAUACGCUAGAGACAUUGGCCAAGCACUGUUGCAAAUAAUACAAUUUCUGUGCGGUUAUUUUGGGUCUCGGCCAACAGUGGGAGUGGGUUUUGAGGUUUCCUAUGCUGAAGCUACUCCCGGUGUCAUAGACCAUUUCCUGUUGCCUUCUGGUCAAGAUGGAGCUUAGCACCAUGUCUGCUUAUAUGCCACCAUGCUCCACACCAAUGGACUGAACCUCCGAAACUGUAAGUGAGCCACCCCAAUUAAAUGUUUCUUAUAGAG